AUGUGCUGGGAUUUAGUGCGUGUCUUUGUCACUGGAUCUACUGGCUUCAUCGGCACGGCCGUUGUGAAAGAACUUGUAUCGGCCGGACACAGCGUCGUCGGUCUGACCCGCUCGGACAAGGGACAGGAACAGCUCAAAAGCCAGGGAGCCAAACCUCUGCGUGGCGCCAUUGAAGAUCUGGAGCUGUUCAAGAAGACAGCCUUUGAGAGUGACGCCGUCAUCCAUCUAGCCUUUAUCCACGACUUGGCCAACUUUCUUAGCGCCUGCGAGACAGACAGAGCAGCCAUCAAGGCCCUGGGCUCAGCACUAGCCGCUUCUGUCGCUGCAGCCAAGGUGACAGGUGCCAGCGCCGACCGCGCGCUGGUCAUCACCUCGGGCACCAGCGGGCUAGCCCCGAAGACGCCCGGCGAGCCAGCCACAGAGGACGACCAAGGCAGCCUGACAAACCCCAUCUCGGUGGCUCGUAACCCAUCUGAGACAGUCUGCCUUGACUUUGCUAAGCAGGGGGUGCGCGCGAGCGUCGUGCGCCUGCCGCCAACAACGUAUGGCCCUGGAACGUCGGGCUUCAUGUCUCUGCUCAUCGGGACGGCGCUUCAGAAAGGCGUCUCUGGUUACAUUAGCGGCGAGGAGGAGGACAAGUACAGCUGGAGCGCCUGUCACAGAGACGAUGCGGCGACGCUCUACCGACUCGCCAUGGAGAAGGCGGGCCAGUCAGGCGGUCCCUCCAUUUUCAACGCGGUCAGCCAGCAGUCUGUGCACCUCAAAGACAUCGCACAGAGUGUAGGCAAACCUCUAGACCUCCCCGUUACUGGCAUUCAGCCAGACUGGGCUGCCGAACACUUUGGCUGGUUCCAGGUUAUCAUGACAAUGAAGAAUGUCGUUUCCAGCGCCAAGACGAGGGAGGCGCUGGGAUGGACUCCCACCAGCCCGCCGCUGUUGGAACAUCUGCCGAUCAUUGUGGACUUCGCCAAGUCGCAGACGCAUUAG